AACUCAACUAGAUUCGGUCCUCUUUUAGGCUUGUUGGUCAGUUCAACGUAACGAUACACCUGCGACUUGGAGACGGCGCCCCGCGAUCUCACAGGAUCAAAUCAGUUGUCUCGGCAAAACCGCCCACUGUGUCCACCUGCCUAAUCAGGGUAACAUUGUGCCCUGCACCAGCUGCUGUUGAGCGCUUCCAAAACUGGCACCCAGCACAGACCUAAGUACCCGGUAGAUAGACAUAAGUCGCCGUGUGCUUCUAUCACAUUACCCGACUUUGUUUAACCAUCAACUCUGGUCGCGAACUUUAGGUUCCUAACUUGCUUCCUCAUCUUCGCCUCAGGAAAGUUUGGUGCUUGAAAGCAAAUUCGCGCGGCUCGGAGAAAGUUAUAGGAUCGCCAAUUUCUUACAGGCCCUUUUUAUAUCGGAGCAUUUUCGCAGCCGCAAUCCCACAUUCAGGUGACACCAACAUAAAUCCGAGCAAACCGGGCCUAGACUUCUCAGUUAUUUAUUUCUCUUCAUACUCUGGAGGAUUUUCAAGGUAGACGACUACUGGUCUCCUAUUCCGUAACGUCGACAAACUUCAAACACAACAGCCAAAAUGUCUCUUGCACGCGCCUUUACAACAAGGCGAAAGCAAGCUUCACAAGACUUCGGUAGCAUAUUACCGCAACGAAGCAACACUACUGCCAAGAACAACAAUGCAGCGAUUCGCACCAAGAUUUCCGGUCCGGUGGAAUUGACACAUACAACCAAUAUGCUCGCAUACAAUGCGCCGGAUCUAUUCCCUCGACCAGAACCUACGCCAACUGAAUCCAGCAAAUCUUCUGAUGAUGACCUUGACAGCCCUCGUACCAGCGCAUCAUCGCCGCCCACAAGCCCCGAUAUACCCUCAGCAGAUCGAUCUGGGUCCCCGGAACCUAACCAUCUUUCAUGCUACUUCGUCGCUCCAGGUGCAAAGUCGCCUUCCGCCACGAACGAGGCACCGGUUAUUCCUAAACGCUCGCCGUCGCACACAAAGAAGGCGUCGAUGGACAACAUAGCGAAUAAGUUUUCGCGCCUUUCUAACCAAUCUAGCAAAUCCGUCUCUACAAAGGCUAGCUUUUCUCUUUCCCGCUCGUCGUCAACAUCGACAACAGCCACCAGUGUCUCAGGAGUCUCUUUCUCGCGAAAGCCGUCGAUAACUGCAGCUUCGGUGCCCGCCAUGCCUCCUAUGGUCACAUCACCACCUCCGGCUCGUCCUACUUUCCGUCGCGAUCUUUCUGACACGCAACAUCCGUUCGGUCCUGAGUUGGCGCAAGUAUCAGAGCUCGCGGAGGAGUUGGGUGUAAAAGAGAAGAUGCAGAUAAUUGAUGAGGAGGAGCAAGAACUUAUUUCCCGAGGACUCUGCAGAUUCCGGCCCGAGGAUUACUUGGCUGAGGUACAAGGGCUCUUCUCGACAUUUUUCAAGCAUGAACCUGCCGGAUUGUCGGCGCCAGUAUGGAUUUAAUCGGCAACCAGAUCACAUUCGACCCAAACCUCGCCGCCGGGGUUUGGUAGGCUAUUUACUAUCUGCGGCAUUUCAAUGUACAUAUUUGGACAGUUGACGUUAUAAGUCAGCGCACGAACACACCAACCGAAAAUGGGCUGGUACAGGGGCCUUCGCGAUCAGAUUUACGAAUCUAGUUGAAGGGGAGUUAUGGUUGCUAUUGCAUUCAAGGCUAGGUGGAAAGAAAGGGGACUAAGGCGUUUGCGAGGCAGAUUUGCGAUUUGUGGUUUAAUACCCCAGGCACCUUGACACCCGAAUUCUUGCGGUCAUUUCUUCUGUUAUUAUUCACGCUUUGAUGGAUUUAGUUCGGACCUGUUGUUUACAAUGUGGCUCUAGUCUAGCUGAGCACGGACAUUCACAACGGUCCAUGUGGUUAUACACCCAUUCUCUGUAUGAAUCGUUUUACGUAGCCUCACACGACUAGUGGAAUAUUAGAUGCGCAUAGAGACAUGAGAAACUCAUUUUGAUUAAUAUUGUGCAAUUCGAACCGUACUUCAUUUACCUAGACUAAUGAAAUAGUUA